UUUGGUGUUUAAUUUGAAAGAAAUCAAGCAAAAAAAAACAACGAUAAAAACAUGCUAAUUACAAAUCAUCAAGUUUAAAAGAAAAAAAACAAUAAUUGUUCAUUCGACCAUUUCAUCGUCAUCAUCGUUGUAUCGGCUAUCGAUUCGAUAUUUUGAAUAUGCAUCCAGAUAGUGAUUAUGUUCAUAGUGUUGAACAAUGUUCAUCCAUUUCGACCAUUUCUGCCAAUUGGUUGCAAACGAUUCAAUGGAAUCGUGAAGAAUGUUUACUUUGGAAAAAUUUGAUUGAACAUGAUUCGAAUCAAUUGGAAAAACUUUGCUCAUAUAAUGAAUUCGAUGAAAUCAUCAAACAACAGAUACGUUUUCUAGAGAAUAAACUUGUCCGAAAUUUCGUUAAAUUGAUUUUUGCCCGAAGACAUUGGUCAAAAUGGGAUGAGAUUGAUGAUUUGCAUAGUUUUUCAAUCGUAUCGAAUUGGUUUCAAGCCAUUGGAUUAGACCAUAAAUGCAAAGAGAUACUUUUGGAUCAUUAUGAAGACAUAGAAGAACUAUUAAACGCUGAUGAAGAAGAAUUGAAAAUUCUAUUAAUGCGUGGAUUUCAAUUGAGAUUGGAUGAAUUGGAUUUCGAUGAUGACAUUUGCAACAAUGAUGAAGAUUUUAAGGAUUCGUAUGGCUUUUAUAACCAACAUGACAGAAAUGGAUCCAUAACUGAUGAUGAUAAUGAAGAUAAUGAUCACGAAAAAUCUACUAUUAAACAAGAUUUACGGAUGUAUAUUCAUGAUUAUAUCAUACGCGUUUGGAAAGCUCACCGAUCAAUGCAUCGAUGUUUGGAUACAAUAAAAAAUUUCGAUGAAUUGCCGUCAACCAUUUUAGACUUGUAUUGGGAUUCCUGGGAUCAUUGGAUUCAACGAGCUGAUGAAAGUCAAAAAGCAUCGCUUGCUUCAGCCAUCGCAAUGCUUAAAAAGGCAAAACAUUCACCCAAACCAUUGCCACCUCUUCCAGAUUUAAAGGCAAAUUUCUUACGAAAUUAUCGCAUCAAUGGUGAUUCAAGAUCGACAGGUUCGAGUCCUUUAUCACCUCCAGUCCCUCCAUUAUCAGCUGGGAAUUUUAGCCAUCGAUCAACAUCUUCGUCAUCAUCAUCGAUAAUUCAAUCAGGAUUUCAUAAUCUAAAUUUAAUUAUUGACCCGAAUCACGUUCCCUAUUCUAAUAGUAGCUCACAACAAUCUUCUGGUAAUCUUCAGCAUCGACGCCCUACUCCUCCUCCAACACCUCCAGUAUCACAUCAUCAAACAAAAAAGUCUUUCAUUUUACUCUCUUCAGCAACUCUUUUUAACAAUGCUGCUUCAAAUAGUCGCAAUUCUAGUGAACGGAAAUUUCCAACAACCCCACCGCCAAUACGGCGUCAUCAGACUAAUAUAUUCGGGAUUGGCGAAAAUUUUCCUCUCACCAAAAGCAAAUCUCACGAAGAGCAUCUCUCCAAUAGGAUUGAACUAUUGGAUCCAGUCAUAAACAGUAAAUUAUUGAAAAAAUACAAUCUGGUCUCAAUAUGUGGAAAAAGUCAAAAGCCUUGUCAUCAACACAACUAUCAUCAUCAUCAAUCCUCUAAUAAUAAACAUAAUUCGCUGGAUAAUUUACCUCAUGUUCCAACAUCCACAAACAUGGCUUCACAAACACCUUUUCCUCACCAUUCACAACGUCGAAGAUUGGCAACCGAGCCUGGAAGCAUCGGAUCAAUAUCACCUAUUCUUACUUCAUCAAAUUGUUCAUCACCUAUUGCAAUAUCACCGGAAAAUCAAACCUAUCAUGAUAAUUCUAAUAGUAACAAUAUUACAAACAAUAAUAACAACAGACAAUCAGCAGCCGUUGAUAAUUGUUUUUUGGAUUCGACAGUUCCACGAUCUCCAAGAUCACAGGCAAUGAGUCAUUCCAUUCAUCAUCGAUUUGUAUCGACAAUGAAAAUUAACUCGAUUCAAUGUAAUGUUUGUGAGAAACAAAUGUUUUUUGGAUUCAAGUGUCGUGAUUGUAAAUACUAUUGCCAUCGAGAUUGUCAGGAUAAGGCACCAAAUUCGUGCGGUCUUCCAAACGAAUUGGUUGAUAUUUUCAAACAAACCUUAAGUGAACAUAAUGUUGGUGGUCAUCAAACUCGGUCAUCAUCACCAAAAAAUCAACAUCAGCAAUCUAUGAUACCACAACGAGCAAAAAGUCAAAUGUCAAAUUAUUAUUGUGGUUCUCAGAUGAAUCUUAUCGGUGGUGGUUCCCAUAGUUCAUCUUCAAAUCCAUCAUCACCUGCAGCCGUUUUCUUGCAUCAUAAUCAACAACAUCAACAUCAAUUAUACAAUAGCAAUGCUCAAUCAUCUUCAAGCUCUUCAACAACUAUUUCACCUACUGGACCAAUUUAUUAUUCAAAUCAGAAAACACCUGGAAGUGCUUGUAGUGGUUCACAAUUUCAAUUUCCUCCCGAUAUCAAUAUUACAUCAACAAUGUCUGUCGAUUAUGAUGAUUCAUUAAUGGUAACAGAGCAAUUUAGUCCAACUUUAAUGUCCACUGAGAUGGAAAUUGAAAAUACACCAUCAAAUUUUAUUUCUACAAUUCAAGAAGAAGAAGAAGCUGCCACAACUGGUGCUAUUUCUAGAGCUUCAACUGCAUCUCCAACCAUAACACUCACUUCACAAUGUUCAACUUUACCACAACAUUCAACGCUUAUUGAUAGUGAUAAAUCAAACAAUUCGGCGCUUAUAACUAGUGGAUCUUCAGGCGAUUCAAUUCGAACCGUUACAGGUCGGUUGGAUUCACAAGAUUCUCAAGCAUCGGAUGUAGAUCAAAAUGAUCGAGGCAGUGCUACACCGUGGCCGAGACAAAAUUCUGUUACAUCAUGUGAAUGGGAUAUACCAUAUGAUGAGCUUAUAAUCGAAGAAGAAAUUGGUACCGGCCGUUCUGGAACUGUUUUCCGUGGUAAAUGGCAUGGAACUGUUGCUAUCAAGCGGUUGAACAUGGGUCAAACAAAUGUGAGUGAAGAGAAGAAGGCAUUUGAAACUUUCAAACAGGAGGUGGCCAUUUUUCGUAAAACACGUCAUGAUAAUCUAGUGCUAUUCAUGGGCGCUUGUAUGAAACCACCUCAUUUGGCCAUUGUAACAUCAUUUUGUAAAGGUCUGACAUUGCAUACGCACAUACAUGUUAGGCAUGACAAAUUCAAUCUAAAUCGUACAACCAUGAUUGCUGAACAAAUAUGUUUGGCCAUGGGUUAUCUUCAUGCUCGUGGUAUUAUCCACAAAGAUCUCAAGACUAAGAAUAUUUUCUACGAAAAUGGCAGAGUAAUCAUUACUGAUUUUGGUCUUAGUUCGGUUGCCAAACUUUGUAUGUCUAAUCGAAGAGGCGAUCGGCUUACUGUACCAAAAGGAUGGCUUUGUUAUUUGGCGCCGGAACUUAUUCGGACAUUGAGUGUUUAUUCACAGGAUGGUGGUGAUGAUUUACCGUUUUCAUUCAGUACCGAUAUCUAUGCAUUCGGAACGGUUUGGUUUGAAUUAUUAUUUGGUAGUUGGCCAUUUUCCGGUCAGCCACCUGAAGUAAUCAUUUUUCAAGUGGGCAAAGGAAUCAAGCAUCCGAUUACUAAUUUUCAAGCAUCCAAAGAGAUUAAAGAUCUUUUAUAUACAUGUUGGACAUUCAAUCCGGAUAGUAGACCCGAUUUUAGUAAACUAUAUGAAUAUAUUGAAAAAUUACCAAAAAAACGAUUACAACGUUCACCAUCACAUCCGGCUCAUUUGCAACAUGCAUCUGAGCAAACAUUUUUCUAAGUUCCUAUAAUGAAAGUAUUUAUUCAUUUGGUGGUAAAUGCAUUUGUAUAAAUAUCAAAUCACAAGUCAUAGAAACAUCAUUUUUUUUCACCUAUCCAACAUUCAUUGGCUGUGAUCAAUCAAUACUACAUUACUGAUCAUCAAACACACAGAUAUCCAUCAUAAUAAGACAUAUUAUUCUACAUACCAUUAGUCAUCAUUUUUUGUGUGCUUUUUUGUGUGAAUAUAUAAAAUUGGUUUUUAAAAAAAUGUGAUUUGUCACUACAUGUUGUUGCGAAAAAAAUUACUAUUCUAGUCUAAUUUUAAAAUCUACAUCACUGGAUUCUGGAUUUUUUUUUUAAAUAAAAUUUUCAUUAAAAACCAAAUUUCAAUGUGUGCAA